AGAGACAGAGAGAGACAGAGAGAGAGGGUCCGGCUAUCUGGACGAGGAAUUGAAAAAGGAGACGCCGAUCAGAAUUUUUCAAAAAGUGUACAUACAGGACUUGGGAGCUCAAUCUUCACGUGAAUUGCUUGCAGUUAUGGAGAACAACUGACAGUUUCGUGGCCAACAAAAUUGCAGCCAAAGCAACUGGUAUCGAAAAGCAUUCGGAGAAUUGGAAUCAAAGCCUGGAUUUUUAUCUUGGCCGCUUCUGAAAGCGAAGGCAAAAGCAAAAGUGAAUGUGCCUCCGAUCUUCUGGCGGAGGCUUUAGGCUCUCGGCGGAUCUGUGCAGCUCAAGAAAGAAUCUUGGCUCCAACGUCAAUAAUUUGGAAAUUCAAAUAAAAUAAAAUUGAAGGCUCUGCCAGCGCUUACUGAAUUUCCGCUGAAUUUUGAUACUGAAAUUCUGUUAAAAUUACCAGGAGAAUUUUCCGCGCAAAUAAUUAUUUAACCCGCCUGUACUGAUGGAGCUUCCUCAACCCCGUCCGUUUGGAACCGAAGGAAGGAAACCAACGCACGACUUUCUGUCACUCUACAGUCAUCCAACUGCCCAACAAGAUCCAAGGCCACCUUCUCAAGGAGGCUACCUUGAAACUCAUGAUUUCCUACAACCACUGGAACGAAUGGGAAAGAAAUGCAUAGCUAAGGAAGAAGCAUCCGUUGAGAUAUCAACUGCUGAAAAGCCAGCAUCUCAUGCAGCAGCAGCAGCAGCGCAGCCAAUUUCUUCUGCGGAGCACGUUCUCCCUGGUGGGAUUGGGACUUACACUAUAAGCCACAUUUCUUAUUUUAAUCAAAGGGUUCCAAAACCAGAGGGAUCGCCGGUAUUUACAGUCACUCAAGCUCAAGCAAGUAGCACCGACAGAAAUGUUGAGGAACACUCAAACUGCAGUUCUUACACUGGAAGUGGAUUCACUUUGUGGGAAGAAUCUGCAUUAAAGAAUAAGGGAAAGACAGGGAAGGAGAAUGUGGGAGAAAGACCAGCGGGUAUUGUGAGAGGGCAAUGGACGUCUUCAGAGCGGCCUGCGCAGUCAUCUUCCAACAACCAUCGCAACUGCUUCAGUGCUCAGUCAUCUGGGCAGAAGAACAUAAGCUUCAUGGAGAUGAUGAAGUCUGCCGCCAAGGCAAGUACCCAGGAAGACGAACUGGACGAUGAAGAUGAGUUUGUUCUCAAAAAGGAGACCUCUACUACUACCACCACCGCCACCACCCCCUAUAAGGGAGAUUUGAGGGUAACAGUUGACGUUAAGAGCUCUGAUCAGAAAGCUAACACACCACGGUCCAAGCACUCUGCCACAGAGCAGCGAAGGAGGAGCAAAAUAAAUGAUAGAUUCCAGAUGUUGAGAGAGCUCAUUCCUCAUAGUGAUCAAAAAAGAGAUAAGGCGUCAUUUUUAUUGGAGGUUAUCGAAUACAUUCAGUUUUUACAGGAAAAAGUAAACAAGUAUGAGGGAUCAUACCAAGGAUGGAACCCUGAUCCAGCGAAAUUGAUGCCUUGGCAGAGAAACAAUCCCAAGCUUAGGGAAAGUUACUGCGAUCAAUCUCGAGGCAUGAAUGGUGGGUCUGGUCCUGCAUUAGUAUUUGCCGCAAAGUUUGAUGAGAAAACUACUUCUGUUUCACCGUCAAUUCCUGGAAGCUGUGCUCAGAACCCUGUAGAAUCUGAUACAAGUACUGAAACUACCUUCAAAGCAAUGGAUCACCACCCUGGAAUAACAAGCAAGCCAAUGCCCUUUCCUUUGUCAAUGCAGCCCAACUUCUUCACUCCUGUCAGGAGUGGUGGUGCUGCAGUACCUCAACUUCCACCUAGAUUGCCAUCUGAUGCAGAGAACACAUCUCAGCAUCAAUCUAUGUUAGGCCAGACAGUAUCGCAUGCUACCGAUGGUGCUGUCACUAGGGAUAAGCUAAAAGAACAGGAGCUGACAAUUGAAGGCGGUCGAAUUAACAUCUCAAGUGCGUACUCUCAAGGGUUGUUGAAUACUCUGACACAAGCCCUGCAGAAUUCUGGUGUGGAUUUGUCACAGGCCAGCAUCUCAGUGCAAAUCGAACUUGGGAAGCGAGCAAAUAGUCGAUCGCCUAUACCGAAAUCUGUUGUUAAGGACAACGAGAUCCUCUCUAGCAAUCAAGGAAAAAGACACUCUAGAGUUGCAAGUGGUGAAGACUCUGAACAUGCCCCAAAGAAGCUCAAGACAGGCAGAAACUAAUAUGACAAGGCAACUAUAUUAAUUACUGCUAUAAUUAUUUGUUAAUGAUUUAUAAUUAAUUCAUUUUUUUGGGAACCCCUUUGAUGCAUGGGGGUUUAUUCAUGUCUUCUGCUGGUUUAUAAUCUACCCAGUCGAGACUGCGAUUGAUUGUAAUUUGUACAUGUAGUGUCUAGUUUAGUUUGUUGGGAUCCAUAGAUUGAUUUCCCAACCAAAUAUUUGUUGUCUUUUUUAUUUUUUGUGAAUUAUCAUUAUUAUUGAGGCUUCCAUUCUAAUGUUGAGAAGCUGCUUUUUCAGUUGAGGCUUCUUUCCUCGUCUUGUAAUUCUUGCAGUGUUAUUUCUUGUGCCCCAAUUUCUUUGGCAACAUGACUUUUUUUUGGAUGUAAUUUUAUUAUUUUUUUCUUAAUGAAAUACUGGUUACCCUCUUA